CGGAAAUUCGCGUUUUAUGCUAUCAGGUGAGGAACCUUUAGCAUUUCGAUGCUAUCUUUGCUCUUAGGGUAGCGAGUUGCUUAAAUUAAAUUCACAAUAAGUAAGUUAAUCGUAGCGUUUAUUGAUGUAUGAAAAGAAACAAUACAAGUGCGCCAUGUGCUAGCUACUUUUCCAAUUAGCUAACUGCUAAACGAUCGUUAGCUUGGCUAUUGUUGCUGUUUUGUUGACGUCUGGCUGCAGAGAAGAAUCCGAAGCUUUCAGACAGUGUGAUUAGGAGUGAGUGGUAAUGGCAGACCCUGCACGGAUCAAACCUGAGGACACACCUGAGAGAAUAACUUCUGCUGAUGAGGAGCACCCGACAUCAGAGGAAACUCAAGAUGUACCUGUAACAGCAAAACCUACAGACGAGUCCAAAGAGUCGUCUUCUGAAGAUCAGCCCAAACAGGAGGUUAAAUCUGAUCCAGCACCUGGAGAAGAUGAAGAAGAAGGAACUUCAGGCCAACCUGCUGCUAAAAGACUGAAGGUGGAACCAGAGAAGAAAAAGGAAAAGCGCCACAAGGUUGAUGAGGAUGAAAUACAGAAGAUGCAGGUUUUGGUGUCCUCCUUCUCUGAAGAGCAGCUGAAUCGAUAUGAAAUGUACAGACGUUCUGCCUUCCCUAAGGCUGCUAUUAAGAGGCUGAUCCAGUCCAUAACAGGAUCAUCAGUGUCCCAGAAUGUUGUGAUUGCCAUGUCUGGUAUUUCUAAGGUUUUUGCUGGGGAAAUAGUUGAAGAAGCAUUGGAUGUUUGUGAGAAGUGGGGAGAUACACCACCGCUUCAGCCAAAGCAUAUGAGGGAAGCAGUGAGGAGGCUGAAGAGCCGAGAUCAGAUUCCCAACACCAAGCACAAGCACAUUCUCUUUCACUGAGACAUCUGUGCCUUGUAUAGGAACGGUAGACAGAGUGCGAUAGAGAAGUGGUGCCAUCAUGUGGAAUACUUGGUCAUGAAGCCACUGUAACCAUAUUGCAGCCAACUAGGCACUGACUGUUCUCUACUAAGUGACCUGAGAUCAAGAUCGAUGACUGCAGUAUUGAAGAAUAAUCAAUACAGACACGAUCAAGGACUUACAUGGCAGUGAAAUAAAAUCCACUCUGUUGCAGUUUAAAGUAGACCUACCAUUCACAUGUACUUGUCAAGUUAAAUGUUUGAUGCAACAUACAGUGCAAAUGGUGUGAAAUUAUACUCAUGUAUUAUGGUUGUAAAUACAGUAAGUUUUAUACUUUGGAGAUGUUUUGUUCUUGUUUUUUUUUAAGGAACCUGACUAUUUUGGGGGGUAGAAUUCUGAGAUGCUGAUUUAAAUUACAAAAUUGUGCCCUUCAUUUUUUUUUGUAGCCAUACAAGCACACAAAUGUUUGGAUCGAUUUACAAAUAAUAAAACCCCUAGUGUGAGUAUUUGA